GAGGAGUCCGGGCAGUCUGGAGGGGGACAACAUGUAGUUAGUUCAGCACAGACUGUGUGAAUUAAAAAUUCAGACCUCAGUGUUCCUUUUCCUCUGUUGUAUUCACCUGGAAACUCAUUUGUGUUUUUAACAUCCACCCGACACCAUGUUCCUCCGCGGAUCAAAAAAGCGACGGUCCAACCGCUCGCAGGAGGAAGAGGACCCAGACAGAGGGCAGCCCUGUAUGCGCUGUGGGGACCAGUGCCCCGGCUUCCGGGUCCAUGGCUGGAGGAAGAUCUGUGUACACUGCAAGUGUGUGCGAGAGGAGCAUGCAGUGCGCUCGGUUCCGGGCCAGCUGGAAAAGAUGAUGACGAAGCUGGUAUCAGACUUCCAGAGGCACUCCAUCUCCGACGACGACUCGGGCUGCGCCUCAGAGGAGUACGCAUGGGUCCCACCUGGGCUCAAGCCUGAACAGGUCUACCAGUACUUUAGCUGCUUGCCAGAGGACAGGGUGCCUUAUGUGAACAGUCCAGGGGAGAGAUACCGAAUCAAACAGCUGCUGCACCAGCUGCCAGCCCACGACAGUGAGACCCAGUACUGUAACUCUCUGGACGAGGAGGAGAAGAAGGAGCUGCGUUUGUUCAGUCAGCAGAGGAAAAGAGAAAACCUGGGCAGAGGCGUCGUCAGACUCUUCCCAGUAACUAUGACGGGAGCCAUCUGCCAACAGUGUGGCAGACAGAUCUGCGGUGGAGACAUAGCGGUGUUUGCCAGUCGGGCAGGACACAGCAGCUGUUGGCACCCUCAGUGUUUCCAGUGUGCCACCUGCAGCGAGCUGCUCGUCGAUCUGAUUUACUUCUUCCAGGACGGACAAAUCUACUGCGGCCGGCACCACGCUGAGAGGCUCAAGCCCCGCUGCCAGGCCUGCGAUGAGAUUAUUCUGGCAGAUGAAUGUACAGAGGCAGAAGGGAGAUACUGGCACAUGAAGCACUUCUGUUGUUUUGAGUGCGAGGCCGCGCUGGGCGGUCAGCGUUACAUCAUGAGAGAGAGUCGACCGUACUGCUGCUCCUGCUACGAGUCCCUGUAUGCAGAGUACUGCGAUACCUGCGGAGAACACAUAGGUAUUGAUCAGGGCCAGAUGACAUAUGAGGGUCAGCACUGGCACGCCGUGGAGUCGUGUUUCUGCUGCGCCCGCUGUCGACUCCCCCUGCUGGGACGUCCCUUCCUCCCUCGAGCGGGGCUCAUCUUCUGCUCCAGGCCCUGCUCGCUGGGUGAAGACCCCAACAACUCCGACUCCUGUGACUCUGCGCUGCAGAGCAAACCGCCUCAGCACAGACGCUGUGAGACAGCAGGGAAACAGCAGCAGCCACAGUGCGGUUCUCCAUUGCAGCCACCAGAGGGCAUCACUGCUCCUAUAACUCCUGCAAAAGACUGCAUUCACACUGCAGUGGGAAACAGAGGAGUCCACUGCACUGCUCCAGUUCAAAACGGACUUCCUUCACCCAGUGGUCAUCCUCAUCCAAGAGGCUCCUACUCACCUCUCCCCCACAUCCAUCUAGGAAAUGGCUUAGGUCCAUCUUGGCCCAGCGAUCUUCCACAUUACAGUUUACUGCCAGGAGACUCUGGCGUCAAACCUCCUGCUGGUGGAGAGCUCAAUGGAAAUACUGGACUGACUGGUCUGAAUUCAAGAGGAACCUCUACUGCUAAAGACUGUAGGAACUGGGUGGAAAGGACGAAUCAAGUUAUGCAAGUGUUUCCUCCUCAGAAAAACUCCCACCUCAUUUCACCUGACUCGCCUCCCCUCUCGCCCAACAACUCCUCCAUCCUACCACCUCCUCUGCCCCUCAAGUCUCGUGACCUGAUGCCCCAGGACUCACCCCCACCCCCAAACCUCCCCCAGCCUGAAGACAGACCCUCUGACUCUCCGCCCCCGCUGACUCGAAGUGGCACAGCGAGGGUCAGCUUCAGAGAGCCAAUCAGCAGCAGCUACUCUGUCGACGAGGACGAGGAUGAAGAGGAGAAUGAGGAGGGGCUGCGAGAGGGCGAGGAGAAUCAGCAGGAGGAGGACGAGGUGGAGGGAGGUUUCGGAAGCAGGUUACAUCUGCAGAAAGGCAUCCCUCCACAGAUGGAUCUGCUGGAUGGAUCCUCUUACCACCAGCGUAGCCUGCGGCGAGGGUGGAGCCGUUGCCGUAUCCCCUCCGACCCCGUUCUCCACCCGGGAGCAGAGAGGCGCUCCCGACGCUCGCGGUCCGACCGUCCUCGGCUGGACACCCUGGACUGGAGAGGCGAGAAAGACAGGGACAGCCGGGGCUCCGCCAACACCUCCUCACUGACCCUCCAGCUGGGCCACUACAAACACGAAGACUCCUGCUCCACGUGCUCUUCAUCCUCAGACUCAGAAGAAGAGGGCUUCUUCCUGGGACAGCCCAUUCCUCUUCCUCCGCAGCUCAGGAAGCAGCAACCUGAGGCGAGCAAAGACAGAGAGGAGGAGGAGGAGAGGGAGGUGCAGAGAGACAGGGGACUGAGAGGCAGCAUACGGCGGAGGAGAGCUCACAGCCUUGGUGCAAAGGACAAAGAUAAAAACUGUGCUAUCUCCUAACCCCCAACAUCAAAACAUAGCGUGUUAUUUUCUAAAUUAUGGUGCACAAGAAGAACUGAUGGUCCUUCAUUACUCUGGUAUUCAAGCUGUUUAUCAGUUUCAUGAUGGUGACACAGAGUUCAACACACAGCCAUUGUUCCUGACACACUACAACAACAGAAGCACAACGAACCUCAGAGAAGUCACUACGUUUAGCUUCACGGUAUUGACAUGUUACAGUGUAAAAAUGUGAGUGUAUGAACCGUGUGAGUAAGUGAUGAAUGUGGAGUGAUUAUUGUUGUAACAUCCAAACGAGGACUCACACCUGUGUUGCAGUUUAUUUGAACACAACCUGCAGUGACCCUGAAGUGAAAGGCUCUUUAACGUCACCUUGAUUUACAUAUGCAAACUUUCAGUAGCAUGUAUGACCAGGAACUGACAGCUCAUUCCUCCAUCGUGGUUUGGAACAGGAAUAUUAAAUAUAUCUUAUGUUUAACUCCACUGUAACCAUCUUUAUGUGCUCUUAUGUGCAAUUUUUAUACAGCUGUAAUAUAUUACAGUUAUGAAAACUGAAUGGCCAAAAUAUUACUGUCAAAGUAUCACAGAGGAAAAUUUGAGUACAUUUUUAGAGGUUAAAGGGACAGUUCACCCCAAAAUCAAAAAUAUGUAUUUUCACUCUUACCUGUAGUGCUGUUUAUCAGUCUAGAUUGUUUUGGUGUGAGUUGCUGAAUGUUGGAGAUAUCAGCCGUAGAGAUGUCUGCCUUCUCUCCAAUACAAUGGAACUAGAUGGCACUUGGCUUGUGGUGCUCAGAGUGCCAAAAAAAAUACAUUUGAAAAUCUUUCUACUGAACUACACCCACCAACCUUAUCCCCACGCAGAAAGAAGCAUGUGUCUACUCAUGGACGAGAGGCUCAUGACAGUGUGAGAUGAAAACGUAAUUGGUGUCCUCGGCUGAGCUGUAACUUUAGCUCAGUAGUGCUACGUAAGGUAGCAGUAGAUGCACGCUUCCUCCUGUGCAGUGAUACAGUUGGCAGGUGUAGUUCGGUAGAAAGAAAAUAGUUCCUGCAUGAAACUGCUCACAACAAGGUGUGUGGGUUAUCUUGAGUAACUGGGUCAUGAUUUCUGGAAGGAGACAUUGCUGUUGAGUUUUCAAAAUGUAUUUUGGUGCUUGUGACAGCAGGGCUGCAAAUAACGAUCUUUUUUUUUAUUUUAAUUUAUAUAUAUUUAUAUACAGUAUAUAUAUAUAUACUUUAUUAAUCCCCGAGGGGAAAUUCAAUUUUUUUUCCACUCUGUUUGUCAAUUACGCACAGGUCCGAACACACACAUGCACAAACUGGACCUAUACAUGCACUAAGUGGAGAGGUGUCAGAGUGGGCUGCCCAUGACAGGCGCUCCGAGCGGGUGGGGGGUUUGUUGCCUUGCUCAGGGGCACCUCGGCAGUGCCCAGGAGGUGAACUGGCACCUCUCCAGCUACCAGUCCACGCUCCAUAUUUUUUUGUUCCGGACGGGGACUUGAACAGGCGACCCUCCGGUUCCCAACCCAAGUCCCUAUGGACUGAGCUACUGCCGAUUAAUCUGUUGAUUAUUUUCUCAAUUAAUCGAUUAGUUGUUUGGUUUAUAAUGUGUCAGAAAAUGGUGAAAAUGUCUAUCAGUGUUUCCCAAAUUCCACGAUGAUGUCCUCAAAUGUCUUGUUUCAUCCACAGCCCAAAGAUAUUCAGUUUACUGUCAUAUAAGAGUAAAGAAACCAGAAAAUGUUCACACAAAAGUAGCUGGAAUCUGAGGAUUUGGACAUUUUUUGCUUUAAAAAAUUACACAAACUGAUGAAUUGAUUAGUUGCCAAUUGAAUAAAUAGUUGACACCUAAUUGAUGAAUCAUUGCAGCUCUACCUGAAAGUGCGAGAUCUAAACAUCAAUGGCGUCCUCCUCAGCUGAGCUGUAAUGUUAGCUAGCUCAGUGGUGUUAGGUGAGCUAGCAGGAGAUGCACGCUUCCCUUAGUGCAGUGAUAGAGUUAGCAGGUAUAGUUCAGAAGAAAGAAAAUAGUUCCUACAUGAAACUGCUCACAACAAGGUCUUUGGAUUAUCUUGAGUGACCAGGGGUCUCAUUUAUGCGUACAUUGCAUACGUAUUUAACGAGGCCUGAAAGAGCCGUUUGCCACUUCCCACGGAAAAGUUGGGAUCUAUAAAAACAGACUUGAUGGGAGAAACUUUGACCCAUGCUUACGAAUACUUUGGGGUCGGGAAAGUGGUGACACAGAUGGUGAAGUGGAAGCCUGAUUGUAGAUUUUUUUAAAUAUUUUUUGACGCAUGCUGUUUUUGGCUUUUGUUCCUACGUAUAUUUUUAGUAUGGAUCCUACACACUGUUUUAUAAAUUAGACCCUUGGUCAUGAUUCCUAGUAAGAGACAUUGCUUUUGAGCUUUUCAAAUGUGUUUUCUAGCGUUUUGAGCACCACAAGCUGAGUGACAUCUAGUUUUAUUAUAUUGGAGAGAAGGCAGAUAUCGACACCAACACUCGAUAGCACCAAAACAGUGUAGACUGAUAAAUAGCAUGACAGGUAAGAGUAAAAAAUAUGUGUUUUGAUUUUGGGGUGAACUUUACCUUUAAUUUUGUUUCUGUGUCCAAACAAAAUACUGCAACAUUUGUAUAUAUUCAUGUCUUUAAUCAAAAAACACUUGUAUGACUUUAAGGUCAUUUAUUUUUAUAUCCUUGGUGUAGGUCGCUGUUCUUUCUUGUUUUAUUUCAGGCAAAAAGAAAAGAUUAGAACUUCUGUUUCUCUGACUUUGUGAGACAACUUUACGUUGACAUUAAAUUUGU